AGUUCUACAACAUGGUUCAACUCCAGUUGCUGUUAGUCUUUCUAACUUCUCUUCUAUUUCAAGGAAGUGAACAGGCUCAAAAUUCACCUUCCAAUCGGAUAAUAAAUGGAGAAAAUGCAGCUCCCAGACAGUUUCCUUAUUAAAAUCUACUUUGGAACUGUCGACAGAACCAAUAUUUAUGAAACGGGACAACAACGUUUGAUAGUAAAGCGAAAGAAUAUUAUCGGUCAUCCAGAGUAUGAUCCGCACGAAUUGCUGAAUGAUAUAGCUCUUAUCAGAUUACCCGCCGAAAUUCUGUUUGAUGAGUAUAUUCAGUCUGCUAAGUUGCCUGAUCCAGACAAACUAUAUGAUAACAAAGUUGGAGUUGUUUCCGAAGAUUCCUGGUAUGCGAGAAACAACCUACAGUACCUUAAUGUAACUAUAUUCCCUUAUGAAGACUGCAAAGCACUUGUGCACAAAUACAAUUACGCAAAGUUCUUUCCAUCAUCGUUUGUUUGUUUGAAAUCCAGUCAAGGCAGUCCAUGUAAAGGCGACUCUGGUGGCCCAUUGGCAAUCCGGAAUGAAGAUGGAACCAGUACUAUAGUGGGCCUCACAUCGUUCGGUGUAAGCGAAACUUGUGAGCCCAAUACGCCUGUUAUUUAUACAAGAGUCUCAUCGUUUUUGCAAUGGAUAAAAGAAAAUGAAUGAAAAGUAUGAGAAAAUUUGAAAAAUAAA